GAAGCCGGCUCUGGUGGGCCCUGAGGUCCCCAGGGUGAGGGUUGCCAGGUUUGGCUCUGGGGGAGCCAUUUGCCAGAUGGUUCUGAGUUGACACCUGGGGCCUCUCCUUGGCUGUCCUCUCCUGAUCCCUAGAGCCGGGGAUCCAGGUGGUUGGCAGAGGGCUGGGGGCAAGGGGGAUCAGGGCCUUUGGUGGUUGUUGGUAGCGGCCGGCCGCAGGCAGGGCAGCCGAAAGGGUGAGGGGAGGGCAGCCAGGAACGGAACAGGCAUCAGCCCGCAAGGGACGUGUGUAGCCCAGGAGGGGGCCCGGUCACUUCCAGCCGGAGUCUUUCUUCAUCUCUUCCUGGGCCUGGCAUGUCGCCCUGAGUGGAGCAGGCUUACGGCGCAUCUCAAGCAGGGAAGCUCUGCGCAUCCAAAGCGCCGCAGCAGUCCGCGGCCACUGCCCCGCGAGCGCGCUGGCCAGGCAGGAAGGCGGAGGGGCGGCCUCUGGGUUGGGAUUUAUGGGUGUCGGGGCUGCAUCUGCGCCAGCCUCGGAGCCUGGAGUGGGCGGAGGAGCCGGGCGGGCCGACCGCAGACAGCCCCAGCCUGCCCUCCCCCUCCCCCUCCCCGGCCCUGGACUGGGGUUGGGGGAGCUCAGGGCCCCUUUGAAGGAGGGGGGGCGCAGGCGGCCUGGGCGAGCUUCGGGGGUCAGCAGGCUCAGCUGUCUGCGAAGUGGGACUCCGGGCCCGUCACCAGGUCACCUCCCCUGACCUCGAAAGGAUGGGGACACCCCGGGGAGGACGGCCGCAGCCUCUAGGGGGCUCUCGGGAGAGUAGCCCCGGGCCCCUAGCGGGCGCGGGCCAGGUGGCAGCGCCGGGGCUGAGCUGCGCGGAGGAGGCGGCCUCCCUGGCCAGGGGCGGCGGCAGGGGCGGCCCUGGGAUCACAUGGGCGGAGGCAGGUCCCGGAGUCCCGGGCGGGCUCUCCCCAGAGUCGGGCAGACGGCUGCGGAGGGAACGGCGGCGUCUCCUCGCCUCCCUCCUUCCUUCCCUUCGUUCCCCGGCCCGGCCGCCCAGCCCGACAGGUGAGCGGGAGCCGGGUGAGCGCGCCCACCUGCGUGCGGUCCGCACGGCCGGCGACCUCCCCGGCCCCGGCGCCCUCGCAGCUCUGCGCGCCCGCGGCCGGCUCGGCGCCCGGACCUCUCCUCCGCGCACGGCCGCUCCCCGCAGCCUCGCCUGCGGUCGGCGCCCCCCGCUAGCUGGGCUUUCCCGUCCCGGGUGCUCCUCCUCCAGCCCCCGGCGUGCGCGGGUACUUUGGUCUCGGAGCUCAGAAGGAGCCAGAAGUGGGCAAGCCGGGCCGACGGUCUGGGCACUUCCCCGCGGCCCCCGAGCGGAGUCCACUGGCCGGCUCAAAGGUAUGGCGCUGACGGUGGACUUGGUGGGACCCGCACCCUGGGGCUUCCGCAUCUCGGGCGGCAGGGAUUUCCACACGCCUAUCGUGGUGACCAGGGUAACUGAGGAGGGCAAGGCCGAAGCCGCUGACCUCCGGCCCGGUGACAUUAUUGUGGCCAUCAAUGGUGAGAGUGCUAAGAGCAUGCUGCAUGCCGAGGCCCAGAGCAAGAUCCGCCAGAGCCCCUCGCCGCUGAGGCUGCAGCUGGACCGGCCUCAGGUUGCCUCUCCCGGGCAGACCAACGGGUUAAGCUCCCCUGAAGUGCUGGCCACUCGCUUCCAGGGCUCCAGGAGGACACACACCGACAGCCAGUCCUCCCUGCGGUCUUCCUGCUCCAGCCAGGCCUCCCUCAGCCCCCCACCAGGCAGCCCCUUCUCCACCCUGCCCCCCGCCAGCCCCCAGGCCCCCGCGGGAGAGGUGGUGACCAGCCACAGUUUCCAGAGCCUGGUGUACUCCCCGGAACCCACUACUGCUGACCACUUGUCCUACAGGGGCCGCCCCGGAAGCCAACAGGCCGGCCUGGGCCGUGCUGGCGACUCGGCUGUGCUGGUUCUGCCGCCACCGCCUUCCCCAGGUCCCCGUUCCUCCAGCGCCAGGCUCAGGUACCACGUGGCCUCGGAAGGGGAAAGCCACCUCCUGAGAGAGGACUCAGAAGUCUUCAAAAUGCUGCAGGAAAAUCGCGAGGCACGGGUGGCCCCCCGGCAGUCCAGCUCUUUUCGGCUCUUGCAGGAAGCCCUGGAGGCUGAGGAGAGAGGUGGCACACCCGCCUUCCUGCCCAGCUCGCUGAACCCCCAGUCCUCCCGGCCCACUUCCAGGGCCCUGGCCACCCCACCCAAGCUCCACACGUGUGAGAAGUGCAGCGCCAGCAUCGCGAACCAGGCUGUGCGUAUCCAGGAGGGGCGGUACCGCCAUCCGGGCUGCUACACCUGCGCUGACUGUGGGCUGAACCUGAAGAUGCGAGGGCACUUCUGGGUGGGGGACGAGCUGUACUGCGAGAAGCACGCCCGCCAGCGCUACUCCGCACCGCGCACCAUCAACUCCCAGGCCUGAGCGCCCGGCUGCGCUCUCAGACCGCCCUCCACUCUGUGGGCACCUCCGCACCCAGGCCGCGCCAAUAUCAAGUUGGCCUGGAAAGGCGAUGGGGACUGGUGAGGCCCCUUCCUCCUCGCUGAGUGAGGCCAGAGGCUAGGACCUGCCUGUGCUGCGGGUGAGGGCAGCCUCACCUUCCCAGGCCUCUGCUGGAUACUCUCGCGUCCCCCUGCUGGACAGGCUCUGCGUCAAAGUGCGAAGUGGGUGCUGCCUUGGACACCUUUGUGUACCAGGGGUUAAGCAGGCUGGGACGUGGAGAGAAGUAUCUGGAAGGAGAGGGCUGGGCCAGAGGCUACAGGUAUUCACUGUGUAAAGUUUUCAACAUACGAGCUCUAUAAAUAUAUACUGUACGUGGACAAAAUAAA